AGUCUGAAAAUCUGGCUAAGUGUUUGUCUCAAAGAUACAUUAAGACAACCGAGAGAAUGAAAGUGGAAAGUGAGAGCUUUGCAAGUCUCCAGGCAGAGCUGAAUGUCAGUGAUGAGGACAUUCAGCAGUGGGUCAGUGAUGUCCAGCAGUGGGCCACAGUAUCAAGUGCAAAUGAUGACUCUGGACUUGAGGGCAGUAUUCGAGGCCUUUAUGUGAGCAUAAAGUUGAGAAAACAUGAUCUGUACCAUCAGACAGAUAGCAACAAGAGAAGGCACAAAAUAAGGAGGAGAAUUCAUGAAGACAAGUCAACCUUGGCAGCUGCCAUUAAGGACUUCAAUGAACAGUCAGUCCACCAGCUUCCUUCCGUGGAUGAGCUGCUCUCAGCUGAUAAUUUCCAAUGGCCAUGGGAAUGCCCUGACACUAGUAACAGCAACCUCUCAACCAAGAAGAUGGUCUUUGACCGGUUCAUGUUGCUUUCCCGACUGAAGGAGGAGGAGCAGAUCCUAGUGACGGAGGUCAAGCAACACUGGCAAUCACUGAAGGAAGCUGAAUGUUCCUUGAGGGAUCUCUCAACUCAAAUUCAAAAUAACAACAGUGACUUUGAGAUAUCAGAGGAGAGCUCCAAUGGACUACUGUGCCUUCUAAAGAGGAAAUUGGAAGACCUUCAGCUUCUGCAAAAAAAUGCUAGGAUGUUAUACCGACAAUGUGUUCUGGGACAGGCAUCAGACAACAUUCUGUUUGAUAACAUUUACAAUGAAGAAACUGAGGCAGUAAACUCCAGCUCUGGUGAAACAAGCAGUAAUGAGGACUAAACCUGAGCAUGUAGAGUAGACAGAUGCUGAAGAACUAUUUUUAUAAGCAAAAAUGAAAAUGUUUAAGCUUAUAUGAAACACUUCAUAUUAACGUACAAUCUAUUUAAUAUGUCUCUGGCCUAAUGAAAUUAGAAUUAAGGUUCAGCAGUACAGGUUUUGACUAUAUUUUUGAAUCUUUGAGCGUGUGUGUAUUUACGACAGCAUUAUUAUAUUAGUACAUUUGUUUGCAGUGUGUACUUUUAUCUAACAUUGACAGAAAGUGUGUGUGUGUGUGUG